AUGGCACAAAUUCCGGCGCAGACGAUCCAUAGAGAUCCUCAGUUAUUCUACUGGAUCCUCUUCCCUAUUACGCUGGUUAUGAUCCUGACUGGCGUUCUGCGACACUAUGCGACGAUCCUGAUGGUCACGGCGCCCAAGAAGCUGGAUCAGAGAGCCAUUCGCGAACAGCGGUCCCUCCUUCAUGGCAUGAGUCUCCGGAGCAGCUACCCUGUCCUCUCCCAGCGCUCAUUCAACAACCGCCGAGAUGCCCUGACGACGGCGUACGAAUCCGGCGCUUUUCUGAAGGACCCCGAGAGACGAGGACAAGCUCCGCCUAACCCGAUGAGCGACCCCAGCUCCAUGGAAGGAAUGAUGGGCAUGAUGAAGAAUCAGAUGGCCAUGAUUAUCCCGAAUACUAUGAUCAUGAGCUGGAUCAGUGCAUUCUUCAGUGGCUUCGUGAUCAUGAAACUCCCGUUCCCUCUGACCAUCAAGUUCAAGAGCAUGCUUCAGGCAGGCGUUGCGACGAAGGACAUGGACCCCCGGUGGAUGUCGAGUAUCAGUUGGUACUUCUUGUGCUUCUUCGGAUUGCAGUCCGUCUUCAACUUCCUGCUGGGGAACGAUAAUGCCGCAAGCCAAAUGGCACAGCAGAUGGGCCAGAUGGGGCCUCAAGCACCUCAGAUGUUCGGCCCAGGAGUCGACCCGGACAAGCAAUUCCUCGCUGAGGUGGAGAACCUCGCAGUCAUUGAGCAUUACUCGGUGCUCGAUGAUGUUGAGCAAAGGCUGCUCGAGGGUAUCGAAUUAUAG